AUGUACGGCGGUAGUCGGCGUGAAACCGAAUCUGAUACCCCCGUGAUGCACAACGAUGAAGAUGAAGAAGACGAAGAAGGUUCCUUCAAGAGCUGGGCAAAACAAACACAAGAAAGUUAUCAGUUACAGCUCGCACUCGCGCUUCGCAUUUCAUCUCACUCAUCUUCUCCCUCUCAAUCCAACUUCGCCUCUUCUCCUUCCGAUUCCCCCCAAUCUCUUUCCCACCGUUUUUGGGUUAACGGUUGUUUGCAAUACUCUGACAAAAUUCUAGACGGUUUUUACCUAAUUCACGGGAUGGAUUCAUAUACAUGGACUAUAAGCACGGAUAUGCAGAAUGUUGGUACAAUUCCAUCUAUUGAAUCACUCAUGUCGGUUAAACCAUGUGAUAACUCUUCAAUUGUAGUCAUUUCUAUUGAUAAAUCUAGAGACCCUGCCUUCAGAGAAUUGCAAACUGGGGUACUAAGUCUCUCAACUAACUGGAUUACGAUCAAACAUGCAACUCAUCAGCUUGCAAAUCUUGUUUAUAAUAGGAUGGGAGGAGGAUCUUCCGACGAAGAUAAUUUAGGUACACACUGGAAGGAAUGCUCUGAACUUCUUAAAAGCUGUCUACAGUCUAUCAUUCUUCCUAUUGGAAGCUUACCUGUCGGCCUUUGUGUCCAUCGAGCAUUGCUGUUUAAAGUGUUAGCAGAUUUAAUCAACCUACCGUGUCGAAUUGCUAAGGGCUGCAAGUAUUGUAGAAAGGACACAGGUGCUUCUUGUAUAGUGCAAUUUGGUUCUGACAGGGAGUAUAUGAUUGAUUUAGUAGGAAGGCCCGGGGAAACAUACCAACCUGAUUCUUCAGUGAAUUCUGCAUCUUCGAUGUUGAUCCCUUCACCAUUAUGUCAUCCAAGGUUCAAGCCAGUUGAAACAGCUGAUUAUACAAAGGCAAUGGCCCAAUUGUAUUUCUUGGACAAUCAAGCACUGCAUCUUGCAUUUGAUACCACAUCAGGAGGUGCUGUUGAUUGUAGUGGCAAAAUGGAUCUACAGCAAACUGAAAUGUUAGGUGCAAACUAUGCUGGGGGCAACCACCAUAUAGUUGCUUUGAGUCCCGGAGGUCCCGACAUAGAGGAACAUUUGUCUUUCAAUGAAUCAAACCAGUCAGGGGUGAAUUAUUCAAGUCAUGAAGUUGACCUUGAGGAGGAGGAUCUGGACAUUCCGUGGAGUGAACUUAUUUUGAAAGAGAACAUUGGGACAGGGUCAUUUGGAACUGUCCUUCGUGCGGACUGGCGUGGCUCUGACGUUGCUGUGAAGAUACUAAAGGUACAAGGUUUUGAUUCUGAGCGAUUUGAAGAGUUUCUAAAGGAGGUCACACUCAUGAAGCGCUUGCGUCAUCCAAACAUCGUACUUCUAAUGGGUGCUGUAAUCCAACCCCCGAAGUUAUCAAUUGUAACAGAAUAUUUAUCAAGAGGAAGCUUGUAUGAACUUCUGCAGAUGCCAAGUGUUGGAUCCUCAAUCAGUGAGAAGCGUCGUUUAAGUAUGGCAUAUGACGUGGCAAGUGGAAUGAAUUAUCUUCAUCAAAUGAAACCUCCAAUUGUUCAUAGAGAUUUGAAGUCUCCAAAUCUUUUGGUUGAUGAUUCAUACACUGUUAAGGUAUGUGACUUUGGCCUUUCACGUACAAAAGCAAAUACAUAUCUUUCUUCUAAAACAGCUGCUGGAACUCCUGAAUGGAUGGCACCAGAAGUCAUCCGAGGUGAACAAUCAAAUGAAAAAUGUGAUGUAUUCAGCUUUGGUGUAAUCUUGUGGGAACUGGUGACCCUUCAACAACCAUGGAGGCAGUUAAAUCCUUCACAGGUUGUUGCAGCUGUUGGUUUUAUGGGCAAAAGGCUAGAAAUUCCAAGGCAUGUGAAUCCCCAAGCGGCUGCCUUGAUUGAGCUCUGUUGGUCUGCGGAUCCAAGGAGGCGGCCUUCUUUCUCCUACGUUAUGAAAUAUUUGCUGCAAAUAAUUGCUGACGCGAAAGUGUGA